CCUACCAUCUCAUGUAGGACUCUGCCAACCAGCCAUUCAAUAUUCCGACCAUCAGUCAUUCUUUCUUGCGUUGUCUGGAUAUUGGGACGUAAGAGCCCCCGUUGCGAAAAUGCUUGUCAUUAAAACCCUUAGUUUGCUUUCUCUUUUUUCUGCGGCCUUCGCGAAUACCCACGCCCAGAGCCAUAGUAGAUUUCACUACCGCUCUAAUAAUGUCACCGUCGACGAGUACGAAUAUGUAGUCGUCGGUUCCGGUCCUGGAGGUGGCCCCCUGGCGGCCAGACUAGCUAUGGCUGGUCACAAAGUGCUCCUGAUUGACGCUGGUGAUGACCAGGGAAAUAACACGAUCCAGGAAGUGCCAGCCUUGCAACUGCAGUCGACGGAGGAUGAGCUCCAGAGAUGGGACUACUUCGUCAACCAUUACUCUGACCUGGAGCGCCAGGAACAAGACAGCAAGAUGACCUACAAGACACCUUCUGGUGAGCUCUAUGUUGGACAAAACCCUCCUCAGGGUUCAGAGCCCCUGGGUAUUCUCUACCCUCGCGCGGGUACGCUUGGUGGCUGCUCGGCACACAAUGCCAUGAUUACCAUCUAUCCCUUCGAGAGUGACUGGAACAAUAUGGUCUCGGUUACUGGAAACGAUUCCUGGGCGCCCGCCAACAUGCGGGACUAUUUCGUGCGCUUGGAACGCAAUCGCUAUCUCCCAAACGAUGUCAUUGGUCAUGGUUACGAUGGAUGGCUCGAGACUAGCUUGACAGACUUGACUCUGGUGGCCGAAGAUCCCAAGCUGCUUUCUCAGGUCAUCGCAUCUGCAACUGCAGCCGGCAAAGGCCUUGUGGGAAUGGUGCUCAACACCGUUGUUGGACUUGGUAAAGUCCUCGCCCUAGACCUCAACAACGACCUCCCCGGUCGUGACAAGGAGACUGGCCCUUGGCAAGUUCCUCUGGCUGUUAAGCUUCCUGACCAGAAACGUACCGGCCCCCGCGACUUUGUGAUGGAGGUUCUCACUGCUACCAACCCUGAUGGGUCCAAGAAGUACCCGCUCGACCUGCAGCUGGAGACUCUGGUUACCAAAAUCCAAUUCGAUACCUCUGGCUCUACGCCUAAGGCUGUUGGAGUUGAAUAUCUGAAGGGCAAGAGCCUGUACCGGGCUGACCCUCGCUCUGGCAACGUCACUGGAGGUGUUCCUGGCAGCGUCAAGGCUAGCCGUGAAGUUAUCAUUGCGGCCGGUUCAUUCAACACCCCUCAACUCCUGAAACUCAGUGGUAUCGGACCCAAGGAGGAACUCCAGCAGUUCGGUAUCAACACUCUUAUCGAUCUUCCCGGUGUGGGCAAGAACCUCCAGGACCGCUACGAGACCACUGUCGUUGGCAAGGCCCCGACCGACUUCGUGAUCACCCAGAAGUGCACCUUCAUGCAGAAGCAGCCUGAUCCGUGUUACGAGCAGUGGAAGAACAAUGCUAUCGGAAAGGGCGUUUACGGAUCGAACGGUAUCGCCAUCGCUGUCACCUACAAGUCUUCCACUGCCGAUGAUGAUGAGCCUGACCUCCUGAUCUCCGGUGCCCCUGCCAACUUCCGCGGAUACUUCCCUGGAUACGCCGACAACGCCUUGGCAGAUGCAAAGCACUGGGCCUGGAUCACCCUCAAGGCUAGGAGCCGUAACAAUGCUGGAACGGUUGCCCUGCGCUCUGCCGACCCUCGUGAUACCCCCGUCAUCAACUUUAACUCGUUUGACACCGGUGUCACCGCCAAUGGCGCCGCCGACAAGGACCUCCAGGCCUCUUACGAAGGCCAGAUGUUCGCCCGUAAAAUCUUCAAGGACCUUAUCCCCUUGGACGGCUCCUUUGCGGAAACCUGGCCCGGCACCAACGUUACGACUGAAGAAGAGAUGAAGGACUUCAUCAAGCGCGAGGCUUGGGGACACCAUGCCUGCUGCACUGCUCCUAUCGGAGCCGACGACGACCCCAACGCUGUCCUGGACGGUGACUUCCGGGUCCGUGGCGUUGACGGUCUCCGUGUCGUCGACGCGUCGAUCUUCCCCAAGAUCCCCGGCUACUACAUCGCUGUGCCCAUCUACAUGGUCAGCGAGAAGGCCUCCGAUGUUAUCCUGGCGGAUGCUUCUUAGAUUUAUCAUCAUAUGCGUUGUCUAGACCGGCUAUGAAUUCACGUCGGCUUUUCCCCUGUGGGUGUGGGUGCCCUGGCUAUUCUGUUUUUCUCUUAUUCCAAUCCAUUCCCCUUCUUGCCCUCCAGUGUCCGAGGUACUGGUAUUAUAAGCUGGUGUGUGCCUUUUUUCCAUGUAAUUAGUACGGUUUCGAGAGACCUCUUUCUGCUUCUUAUUCUUCAGGUAUAUAAAAAUUACAAUUAUCUUCGGCUGGCGUCAGGUGUUAUCCUGUACAGUUAAUUAGCGAUAUCGUCACAUUGAGAAUUGAUUACGAGUC